AUGCGACUGAUCAAUCUAUCAUCAGAUUCAAGCAGCUGUGCUGGUUAUAAGACCAAAAAUCUGGAAUUGUUGCCCACCAACGAUGCUCAAUGUGGUUACUACGAAUUUCAAACGAGGCCUGACCUGACAGAUUCUGGAUCAAAGGAACCAAAAGGUAUUCCUGAACCACAAACCAAAUCCCCCAAUAAGGAAAUCACUUUUUCUAGUGUUUUUCCUGGUGAACAGAUCGUCCUGGUCUCAGAUUGUGAUAGAAAAAGCAGCACAAGGCUACCGAAACCUGCUGUUCGAAUUUUGCGAAACUGGCUCGCUGAAAAUGCCCACCAUCCCUACCUGACUGAAGGCGAUACCCAGUAUUUAUUACAAGAAACUGGUCUCACGAAAACCCAGAUUCGCUAUUGGCUAGCGAAUUCCAGGAAACGGAAGAAAUUGCCCCAUCCUUCAAAUCUGACUCCGCAGCCAACGGAAGCAUCCUCGGCGACACAACCAAACUCGGGUUGUCUGUCUUGGACACCUUUACAGCGCUGGCAGAAUUCACCACCUGAAGAUGAGCCUGCACUGCUAUCCGAUGUUUAUCAAGCAUUGGUGGACCGGCCUGGCGACUAUAACAUGGGACCAAGCCUUCCUGAAAUGACAAUAGAUGGAGCCACUAUUUGCGCUUUCUGCGGCGCAUCCGACCCAGAUGUCGAUCAUAUCGAGUCUCACGAUUAUAGCAAAUGCCAGGGCAAGCUGCCUCAGGACAGAAUGUUCAACCGGAAAGAUAACCUGGUUCAGCAUUUGAAGCUCUCCCAUAGUGCAGAAUUUCAACCGCACAUGGAAAGCUGGCUGGUAUCCAUCCAAGAAAUCAGGUCAAGAUGUGGAUUCUGCGACUCUGUGUUUUCAACGUGGAAAGAACGUAAUGAUCACCUAUCGGAACAUUUCAAAGCAGGCUUUAAUAUGUUGCAGUGGCACGGUGAUUGGGGAUUUGAACAACAUGUGCAGGAAUUUGUUAAGAAUGCUAUGCCUCCGUACCUCAUUGGCCAGGAAUCUUCUACCCUUGAUCCUUGGAGACCUGCCUUUCUUCCGGAGGACUGGGAUCUCGCCUCAGGGCAAAAUUCCUGGGCAAACAAUCACCCUGAAGCUUUCAAGCUUCUCUACGAUCAUCUCCUCGAGUACAUAAUCCGCCAGAGCAUGAAUGGCACCUUCCCCUCCGAUAAUAUGAUCCAAAAUGAAGCCCGGAGGCUUGUAUACGGAAGUGAGGACGACUGGAAUCAAACAUCUGCGGACAACUCGAUCUGGCUGAAUGUUUUGAAGAAUGAUUCUCGGAUUGCCGGUCUUAGAGAAUACACUGAUGCUUCACCGACUGCCAUUGGACCUUGA